AGCCUCAAAAUACAUAAGCUGAAGGUGUGUGCUCUGCGCAUGAGCAGCCAGGCCCGAAGCCGCAUCCUCAAGGCUGGAGGCAAGAUCCUCACCUUCGACCAGCUGGCCCUGGACUCGCCCAAGGGCUGUGGCACCGUGCUGCUGUCCGGGCCACGCAAGGGCCGCGAGGUGUACAGGCACUUUGGCAAGGCCCCGGGCACCCCACACAGCCACACCAAACCCUACGUCCGCUCCAAGGGCCGGAAGUUCGAGCGUGCCCGAGGCCGAAGAGCGAGCCACGGCUACAAGAACUAA